ACUCUAAAGCCAUCAUUGAUGGGAACCUGAAGCUGAUCCUGGGUCUCAUCUGGACUCUAAUUCUGCACUACUCCAUCUCCAUGCCGAUGUGGGAGGGCGAGGAUGAAGACACAGAGUCAAAGACCCCUAAACAGCGUCUGCUGGGAUGGAUUCAAAACAAAGUCCCCGAUCUGCCGAUCCAAAACUUCAGCCAGGACUGGAGGAAUGGCAAGGCACUGGGAGCACUGGUAGACAGCUGUGCACCAGGUUUGUGUCCAGACUGGGAGACCUGGGAUUCAGUGAAACCAGUACAAAAUGCCACUGAAGCCAUGCAGCUGGCCGACGACUGGCUGGGCAUCCCGCAGGUGAUCACUCCAGAGGAGAUCAUUGAUUCCAACGCGGACGAACACUCGGUGAUGACUUACCUGUCUCAGUUCCCCAAAGGCAAACUGAAGCCUGGAGCUCCACUCAAACCCAAACUCAACCCCAAGAAGGCCCGGGCGUACGGAGCAGGUAUUGAACCGACGGGGAACCGAGUGUUGCGUCCUGCUGUCUUCACCGUGGACACGUUCAGCGCCGGUCAGGGUCAGGUCACCGUCUACCUGGAUCAUCCAGAUGGCACCAGAGAGGAGCUGAAAGCUGAGCCAAACGAGGGCAAGAAGACUUUCGGUGUCACCUACGUUCCCAAAGUGGUGGGACCGCACAAGGUGACGGUGAUGUUUGCAGGCCAGCAGAUUCCCAAAAGUCCGUUUGAGGUGAGCGUGGACAAAGCGCUCGGCGACGCCUCAAAGGUGACCGCCAAAGGCCUGGGAAUCGAACCUGUGGGAAACGUCGCCAACAAACCAACGUACUUUGACAUCUACACCGCAGGAGCGGGUACAGGAGACGUGACGGCGAUGAUCAGAGACCCAGCGGGCUGUCAGAACAGCGUGGAGGUGAUGAUGGAGGACAAGGGCGAAAGCGUGUACCGCUGCACCUACAAACCCACACAGGCCGGGCCGCACGCGGUGACCGUCACCUUCGGGGGGGUCGGGAUCCCAAAGAGCCCCUUCAGCGUGGACGUGGGGCCUGCCUGCAUGCCGGGUGCGUGCAGGGCGACCGGGCGAGGUCUCCAGCCGUCAGGACUGAGGGUCAAACAGGUCGGAGACAUCAAGGUGGACACCAAAAACGCCGGCAGUGGAGACCUGAAGGUCCUCAUCAAAGGACCCAAGGGGAUCGAGGAGCCGGUGAAACAGAUCUCCAGUCAGGACGGCGUGUUCUCCUACGAGUAUUAUCCCAACAGUCCAGGCAAAUACACCGUGACCAUCACCUGGGGGGGUCAGCACAUCCCCAAGAGUCCCUUUGAAGUGACAGUGGGUCGGGAGGCGGGGCCUCAGCAGAUCAGGGCCUGGGGUCCGGGUCUGGAGGGAGGCGUCGUGGGUAAACCCGCAGCCUUUGUUGUCGAGUCCACCGGCACUGAUGUCGGCGUGCUGGGUUUUGCCAUUGAGGGACCGUCUCAGGCGAAAAUCGAGUGCGAGGACCAGAACGACGGCUCCUGCGACGUCCGUUAUUGGCCGACAGAGGCCGGAGAAUAUGCUAUCCACGUGACCUGUGACGAGGAGGACAUCGAGCACAGCCCCUUCAUGGCUCACAUCGUCCCCGACAACAACACCAGCGACCCAGACAAGGUGAAAGCUUACGGUCCGGGGCUUGAGAAAACCGGCUGCUUGGUCAACCAACCUGCCGAGUUCACUGUCAGCGCUAAGGAUGCUGGGAAGGGACCUCUGAAGAUCUCAGCUCAGGACGCCGAGGGUCUCCCUGUGGAGGUCAAGGUGAGGAGCAAAGGUGACGGGCUGUACUCCUGCUCCUACACGCCGGCCUCCCCGCUCAAACACACCGUGUCCGUCGCCUGGGGAGGAGUCAGCAUCCUGAACAGCCCCUUCAGGGUGAAUGUGGGUAAAGGCAGCCACCCCAACAAGGUGAAGGUGUCCGGUCCUGGAGUGGCGAAAACAGGACUGAAGGCCAACGAGCCCACACACUUCACCGUGGACUGUUCUGGAGCUGGAGACGGUGAUGUCAGCGUGGGCAUUAAGUGUGAGGCCAACAUGGUCGGUGACAAAGAGGCUGACGUGGAGUUUGACAUCAUCCCGAACGCCAACGACACAUUCACGGUCAAAUACAUUCCUCCUGCAGCUGGAAAACUCACAGUUAAAGUCCUGUUCACUGACAAGGAAGUCCCACAGAGCCCCUUUAGCGUCAAAGUCGAGCCGUCUCACGAUGCAUCAAAAGUCAAAGCAGAGGGUCCUGGACUGGCUCGCACCGGUAUAGAGAGCGGUAAGCCGACUCAUUUCACAGUACUGACUAAAGGAGCGGGAAAAGCCCCACUGGAUGUUUCCUUCUCCUCACCGGUCAAAGACUUCGACAUCGUCGACAACUACGACUAUUCCCAGACCGUCAAAUACACACCUGCACAACAGGGAGAGAUGACGAUCUUGGUGAAGUUUGGAGGAGAUCCCAUAGCAAAGAGUCCCUUCAAGGUCGACAUCGCUGCCCCGCUGGAUCUGAACAAGGUCACCGUGGACAACAUGGAAGGAAGAGUGGAGGUGAAUCAGGAGCAGCAGUUCAUGGUGGACACAAAGGCUGCAGGAGGUCAAGGUCAGCUGGAGGUGGCAGUGCUGAGUCCCAGCCAGAAGGCCGUCCCCUGUAAGACAGAGCCUCAACCCGGUAAAGCCGGAGUCAGUCGGGUCCGGUACACACCCACAGAGGAGGGGGUCCACGCUGUCAACGUGUCCUAUGACGGACACCCCAUCCCGGGGAGCCCCUUCCCUGUGGAGGCCCAGCUGCCUCCAGACCCGAGCAAGGUAAAGGCUUUUGGUCCCGGUCUGAAGGGAGGUCUUGUGGGAAACCCUGCAGAGUUCACCAUCGACACAAAGGGUGCUGGCACCGGAGGUCUAGGCCUGACGGUGGAGGGUCCGACCGAGGCGAAGAUCGAAUGUUGUGACAACGGAGACGGGACCUGCUCUGUCUCCUACCUGCCCACCGAGCCCGGAGACUACCUGGUUAACAUCCUGUUUGAGGAGGUCCACAUCCCGGGCUCUCCGUUCAAAUCUGACAUCCAGAUGCCGUUUGAUCCCUCUAAGGUGGUGGCAUCAGGGUCGGGCCUGAAGAGAGCGAAGGUUGGAGAGACCAGUGUGGUGAAUGUGGACUGCUCCCAGGCCGGACCAGGAGAACUCAGCCUGGAGGCGGCACUAGACACGCCCCCGAGCAGUCCCACUGGUUCUGCACCACGUUCAGGUGUUAAAGCGAAGACGGAGGUGGUGGACAACAAAGACGGGACCUACACUGUGACCUACGUCCCCCUGACCUCGGGCAUGUACACGCUGCUGCUGAAGUAUGGAGGAAAGGCAGUUCCUGGUUUCCCCGCUAAAGUCACGGCUGAUCCCGCCGUGGACACCUCCAAGGUCAAAGUGUUUGGACCCGGCGUGGAGGGAAAAGCCAUUUUCAGAGAAGCCACCACAGCGUUCACAGUGGACGCCCGUCCUCUGUCCAAGCGAGGAGGAGACCACGUGAGGGCGGAGGUCAAGAACCCGUCUGGAGCUCUGACAGAUUGUGAGGUCGCUGACAACGGCGAUGGGACCUACGGCGUCGAGUAUACGCCUUUUGAGAAUGGAGCCCACAGCGUCCAGGUUCUGUAUGACGACACUCCGGUUCCAAAGAGCCCGUUCAGGGUGUCCGUGACCGAGGGGUGCGACCCCAGCAGGGUGGUGGCUACCGGCCCGGGACUCCAACAAGCCCUGACUGAUAAACCAAACAACUUCAACAUCAUCACCAGAGGGGCAGGUAUCGGGGGUCUGGGCAUCACCGUGGAGGGUCCGUCAGAGUCGAAGAUGUCCUGCAAAGACAACAAAGAUGGCAGCUGCAGUGUGGAGUACGUCCCCUUCACACCUGGCCUUUAUGACGUCAACAUCACUUACGGAGGAGAGCACAUCCCCGGAAGUCCAUUCAAGGUCCCAGUGACAGACGUGGUUGACCCCAGUAAGGUCAAGGUGUCCGGUCCAGGAGUGGGUUGUGUGAGGGCUAAUAUCCCACAAUCCUUUACUGUGGACUGCAGGAAGGCGGGUGUGGCUCCGCUUGCCGUCGCCGUCACCGCUCCUAAAGGCCUCGCAGAGCCCGCUGAGGUGAAGGACAACGGGGACGGGACCCACUCUGUGUCCUACACGCCGUCUGUGGAGGGGCCGUACUCUGUGGCCGUCAAGUACGCAGAGGAGGACGUCCCCCGCAGUCCCUUCAAGUUUCGGGUUCUGCCGACUCACGAUGCCAGCAAAGUGCGAGCAAGCGGUCCUGGCCUAACAACCGGCGUCCCCGCCAGCUUCCCCGUCGAGUUCAACAUCGACGCUAAGGACGCCGGCCAGGGCCAACUGAGCGUGCUAAUCACCGAUCCAGAUGGUAAACUGAAGCAGGCCAGUAUCCAUGACAACGGAGACGGUACAUAUCGGGUGUCUUACAUCCCCGACCGCACAGGCAGAUACACCAUUGUCAUAAAGUACGGCGGUGAUGACAUCCCUGCAUCGCCCUACAGAGUCCGCGCCACGGCAUCUGGAGACGCCAGCAAGUGCACCGUCACCGGUCCAGGAGUUGGUCCCACGGUGGCCAUCGGCGAGGAGGUGGGCCUGGUGGUGAACACUAAGGGUGCUGGGAAAGGGAAGGUGAGCUGCGUGGUCGUUCAGCCCGAUGGCAGCGAGGUGGAGGCCGAGGUGCUGGAGAACGAGGACGGCACCUUCGACAUCUUCUACACCGCGCUGGCGCCUGGAAACUACGUCAUCUACGUGCGCUUCGGAGGGGAAAACAUCCCACGCAGUCCCUUCAAAGUCAUGGCGACUGAUGAGGUACCCAUUAUUCAAGAGCAGACAUCUCUACAACAAAAGGCCGGCCCACCCGGAGCUGGCUUCCAGCCCUGGGUGACAUCAGAGCCAAUCGGGAGCAGCGUUAAUGGAAGCGGCUUCAGACCGUUCGACAUGGUGAUACCUUUCUCCUUCAGGAAGGGAGAAAUCACAGGUGAGGUGCUGAUGCCUUCGGGUAAAUCCGCUCAGCCGGUGAUCUCGGACAACCUGGACGGGACGGUCACAGUGCAGUACUCGCCCACUGAGGCCGGCCUGCACGAGAUGCACAUCAAAUACAACGGCACACACAUCCCAGAGUCUCCCCUCCAGUUCUACGUCAAUCACUCCAGUAGUGCCAAUGUCACCGCCUACGGUCCUGGCCUGAGCUACGGCGUCGCCAUGAAGACGGCCUCGUUCACCGUCUUCACAGACGACGCCUCUGAAGGCGGUCUGGACUUGGCGAUCGAGGGUCCGUCCAAAGCGGACAUCAGCUGUGUGGACAACAAAGACGGGACGUGCAGCGUCAGCUACCUGCCCACUCUGCCCGGAGACUACAACAUCCUGGUCAAAUACAACGACGAACACAUCGCAGGCAGCCCGUUCACCGCCAGAAUCACACAGGACAACCAGCGGCGCUCUCAGGUCAAACUGGGCUCGGCUGCCGAUUUCUCUCUGGACAUCAACGAGACCGACCUGAGCCUGCUGAGCGCCACCAUCAAGGCGCCAUCCGGCCGCGACGAGCCCUGUCUGCUGAAGAGGAUGGCGAACAACCACAUCGGUAUCUCCUUCAUCCCCCGCGAGGUGGGAGAACACAAGGUCAGCAUCAUGAAGAACGGCCGUCAUGUCCCAAACAGUCCCAUCACCAUCAUGGUCGUCCAGUCCGAGAUCGGAGACGCCAGCCAGGUCAAAGCCCACGGAGACGGCCUCGUCCAGGGAACAACCUUCACUGACGCCAGCUUCGUGGUCGACACGCGGGAUGCCGGUUAUGGCGGCCUGGCUCUGUCCAUCGAAGGUCCCAGUAAGGUGGACAUCCAGACUGAGGACGUAGAGGACGGGACGUGUGGAGUCACGUACUGCCCGACUGAACCGGGAAACUACAUCGUCUCGAUCCGCUUUGCAGAGGAACACGUCCCGGGGAGUCCGUUCACCGUGCGGGUGACGGGAGAGGGUCGUAUUCGAGAGAGCAUUACCCGACGACAAAAGGCCGCUUCUGUGGCCAGUGUGGGGAGUGUGUGUGACCUCAGUCUGAAGAUACCAGCCAUCGACAUGCACGACGUCACCGCAGAGGUCACAUCGCCCUCUGGAGCCAGACAGCCUGCCGAGCUGGUCUCCGCGGGUAACGACACCUACUGCGUGCGCUUUGUGCCCACGGAGAUGGGCGUGCACAGUGUGAGUGUGAGGUACAGGGGCGUGCACGUGCCCGGCAGCCCCUUCCAGUUCACCGUUGGGCCGCUGGGAGAGGGCGGGGCCGCCAAGGUGAGAGCCGGAGGACCGGGACUGGAGGGAGCACUGGCUGGGAGUCCAGCUGAGUUCAGUAUCUGGACGAGGGAGGCGGGUGCCGGCGGUUUGGCCAUCGCUGUCGAAGGACCCAGCAGGGCGGAAAUCUCCUUCGACGACCGCAAAGACGGAUCCUGUGGGGUCUCUUACAUCGCGCAGGAGCCUGGUGACUACGAGAUUGCGGUGAAGUUCAACGACCAGCACAUCCCUGACAGCCCCUACCUGGUUCCCGUGGUCGCUCCGGCGAACGAUGCUCGCCGUCUCACUGUUGCCGGCCUUCAGGAGUCUGGUCUCAAGGUGAAUCACCCAGCAUCCUUUGCAGUGCGUCUGAACGGAGCACAGGGAAAGAUGACGGCCAAAGUGCACAGCCCCUCUGGAGCCCUGGAGGAGUGUGUCGUCACCGAGCUCGAAAAAGAUAAGUACGCAGUGCGGUUCAUCCCCAGGGAGAACGGUAUCCACACCAUCGACGUCAAGUUCAACGGUUCCCAUAUACCAGGAAGUCCUUUCCAAGUCAGAGUAGGGGAACCAGGACAGACAGGAGAGCCUGGUCUUGUUUCGGCCUACGGUGCUGGGCUGGAGAGAGGCACAACAGGGACUCAGUCCGAGUUCAUCAUUAACAACACUAAGGCGGGCCCCGGGUCCCUGGGCGUAACCAUCGAAGGUCCCUCCAAAGUCAAGAUGGACUGUCAGGAAGUCCCAGAGGGCUACAAGGUGCAGUACACCCCCAUGGCACCUGGAAACUACCUGAUCAGCGUCAAAUAUGGAGGGCCGAACCACAUCAGUGGCAGCCCCUUUAAGGCCUCAGUCACAGGACCUCGUCUGGUAAAUGUGACCAAUGCCAGCGAGACUUCGACACUGAUGGUGGAUCCGGCAAUAAGGGGGUCCAGCAGCAGCUUCACCUAUGCCAUGCCUCGGCCGGGCGAGUCAGACGCCAGCAAGGUUCUGAGCCGAGGGUCCGGUCUCAGUAAGGCCUUUGUGGGCCAGAGGAGCAGCUUCUCUGUCGACUGCAGCAAGGCCGGUAAGAACAUGCUCCUGGUGGGCGUGCACGGUCCUCAGGUCCCCUGUGAGGAGGUUCUGGUCAAACACAUGGGUAACCUGCAGUACAACGUGAGCUACGUGCUGAAGGAGCGGGGAAACUACAUCCUGGUGGUUAAGUGGGGCGAGGACCACAUCCCAGGCUCCCCUUUCCAAGUCACUGUCCCAUGAUGCACCACAAUAAGACCUGCCGACACUCCUCAUGUGCCAUUUUUUGCAUCCCUGUUUGAGUGGACAACUUAGUGGCACUGCGAAUGACUGUCCAAUUAACUGCUGCUUUAUAAUGCUUUAUGUACUAAUGUUGUCUUCAGUUCAAAUCACAUGUUCUGACUUUCUGCCCCAAUAAUUAACACGUGGUAACGUUUCUUAGCCUGUCGAGCUGUCCUUGAAAAAAAAGAAAAGAUAAACUAAACACAGCUGUGAAUGUAUAACAUGAGCUGGACAAUUUGUGCAGUGAAUCUGGGAGGCGAAAUCUUAAAGAGCGGUGCUGAAAACGACUUGUUCUAAAAAAAAAGAAAUUACCUGAUUGGAUGCAAUAGAUUCUGACCGAACCGCUAUUCUCCAUUGACAAUUUUUGCACUGGUUUUGGCUCAUUUUAAAAGGUGAUUGGUAUAUUAAAGAACGCUGGUUUAACACGAGGAGUUAGUGGAUGAAAAAGUCCUGAUUUGUAACUUUUUCCAAAAAUAUUUAACAAGAUUAAGAAAAGGUUUGGGCCGAGUGGAUCUGAACUUUUAAGUGCUCACAUUAAAGUAAAUAACUGGAAUUACACAGCACUUUGAGGAGCAGACUUUAAAUCAGGGACACGUUUCUCUUGGACUUCUUUGAGACGUGUACGCUGCAUGAUUGUGGACUAGAGGGCCAAACAACCAGCUGAGUUCCCCGCCAAAAUAAAAGACAAUAUGUGUAGAACUUUUCGCUUAAAAAUUUCAAAGUGCUGUGAAAGAAACAUCUGAUCAAACUGGAAGUCUUUGUGAUCUGAUGGUAUGUAAGAUGUUUCUUUAGAGCAGUGACCGCUCAGACUCACUCCAACAGGAAAACGCCUAACUGUACACGACUACUGAUGUUUGUUUGUUUUUUAUGCUCUUCAACCUUGACUCCCAGAACCCUUGUCACACAUCUCUAAGUCGAUGACUGUUAAAGCUGCCUUCUCACUACUGAAUCCAGCACUGUUCGAUACGCUACUCCAUUACAAAGUAGAGUCGUGGGUUCGAUGUUUUUCUCUGUUGUCCCUCCAACUGUAUGUUCACACACAAACAGAUCUGACUUUGAACUCUGUGGCUCAUUUCUGAACUGUGUCACAUCGUCCUAAAUAGAGUAGAAAUCCCGUCCUCUGGUGGGAUAAAAUCAUCAAUGCGACCAAAGUUUAUCAUCCAUUAUUUUUUGAUUUGUCUGAGAACGUUCACCUGAAAGUACCAACAAACACAAGCCCCGUCUACCACUGCAUAACACCAUGAAAAAUACCAAUAAGUAUCAGAUCUGAGCUGAGGAGGAGAGAUCAGAUUACUGGUUUGUGUGUAAAUCUGGAUGAAUCUGUUUGUCCUAAUCACUGCUCCUUUUGAUACUUAAGGGAUGAGAGGAUUUUUGUACGGGGGAUAAUGAAUAAACGUCUCAUUUUGUAUGUGGGAAUGGGUGUUUUAAUGUGAAACUAAAACAUGAGCUGAUGUACAUUUGAUAAUUAAAAACAACUGGAAUGAA